UAAUCGUUUCCACAGUAACCCUCCCCAGGACAAGUGUUCAGAAAACGUCCUCGUGUAAUGUUAGUUUCGAGGUGGCCGUGAAGGCAGCAUAGGACUGUCAUCAGUGAUGUAGCAGCCCGUAUCGUGCUUCCAACACGUGUUGAGAAAAUCUGAGGGGUCGAUGGCUCUAUGAAGAGGCACUUUUACGAAAAACGUCAAUAUUUGGGACGUGAAACUGACUCGGCGGGUAAAGGUUUAUUGAGCCUCUGUGUAGCUGUUUAUUUCUUAAAGUAGGACGCCAUCGUUGAGGAUUAUUUUCGGCAGUAAAGCACCAUGAUGAAAUACAUCCUGGUAACGGGCGGCGUCAUCUCAGGCAUCGGCAAAGGGAUCAUCGCGAGCAGUGUGGGCACCAUCCUCAAGUCCUGCGGCCUGCAUGUGACCGCCAUCAAGAUCGACCCGUACAUCAACAUCGACGCUGGAACCUUCUCACCGUACGAGCAUGGUGAAGUGUUUGUGCUGGACGACGGCGGCGAGGUGGAUCUGGACCUGGGCAACUACGAACGCUUCCUCGACAUCCGGCUCACAAAAGACAACAACCUGACAACCGGGAAGAUCUACCAGUCAGUCAUCAACAAAGAGAGGAGGGGCGACUACCUGGGCAAGACCGUGCAGGUGGUGCCACACAUUACAGAUGCCAUCCAGGAGUGGGUGAUGAAACAGGCCAAAGUUCCCGUCGAUGGUGAUGAAACAGAGCCUCAAGUCUGCGUCAUAGAGCUUGGAGGAACUGUCGGCGACAUUGAGAGCAUGCCCUUCAUCGAGGCGUUCAGGCAGUUCCAGUUUAAAGUAAAGAGGGAGAACUUCUGUAACAUCCACGUCAGUCUGAUACCACAGCCCAGUGCAACAGGAGAGCAGAAGACUAAACCAACACAGAACAGUGUGAGAGAGCUGAGGGGCCUGGGCCUUUCUCCUGACCUGAUCAUGUGCCGUUGCACCACCCCUCUGGAGAAUUCAGUGAAAGAGAAGAUCUCCAUGUUCUGCCACGUAGAGCCUCAGCAGGUCAUUUGCGUCCAUGAUGUCUCGUCCAUUUACAGAGUCCCCCUUCUGUUGGAGGAUCAGGGCGUGGUGGGCUACCUGAGCAGCCGACUCAACAUGCCCAUCGAGACCAAGUCCAGGACCAUGCUCACCAAGUGGAAGGAGAUGUCAGACAGGUCCGACAGACUACUGGAGCAGUGUUCCAUAGCUCUGGUGGGGAAGUACACCAAGUUCUCAGAUUCUUACGCUUCGGUUAUAAAGGCUCUGGAACAUUCUGCUCUGGCCAUCAGCCACAGACUGGAGGUUAAGUACAUUGAUUCGGCAUCUCUGGAGCCGACCACCCUGCAGGAGGAACCGGUGAAGUACCACGACGCAUGGCAGAAACUCUGCAGCGCUGAUGGCGUUCUUGUUCCGGGGGGUUUCGGUGUUAGAGGAACUGAGGGGAAGAUUCACGCCAUCAACUGGGCCAGGAAGCAGAGGAAACCCUUCCUAGGGGUCUGUCUUGGAAUGCAGCUGGCUGUGUGUGAAUAUGCCAGGAACGUGCUGGGCUGGCCAGAUGCUAACUCCACUGAGUUCGACCCAGAGUCAAAACAUCCUGUGGUGAUCGACAUGCCAGAGCACAACCCUGGGCAGAUGGGCGGAACCAUGAGGCUGGGGAAGAGGCGGACCAUUUUCAAAACCAGCAACAGCAUUAUGCGGAAACUUUAUGGAGACGCAGAAUAUGUGGAGGAGAGGCACAGACAUCGCUUUGAGGUCAACCCUGAACUUAAGAGUCACUUUGAAGACAAAGGCUUCCGCUUCGUUGGACAGGAUGUGGAAGGAGAGCGGAUGGAGAUCAUAGAACUCGAUGAUCACCCGUACUUCGUUGGAGUGCAGUACCACCCAGAGUUCACGUCUCGGCCCAUCAAGCCAUCUCCUCCGUACCUGGGCUUGCUGCUGGCAGCUGCAGGGAAGCUCCAGGGUUAUCUACAGAAAGGAUGCCGGCUGUCUCCACGGGACGUGUACAGCGACAGGAGUGGCAGCAGCACCCCGGACUCUGAAAUAUCCGAGAUUCCCACUUGUUACUGAUCCUGCAUGAACUUCUAUACUGGCUGUGCUGUGGCAGCUGCUUUUAGUGUGAACUCUGUAUGAACUGGUCAAUAAACUCAUCCAGUACUGGAGUGAUUCACCCGUC